ACAAAAAACUAAGCCCUAUCAAAAACCCUAGCUUCACUCAUUGGUGGCUGAAUAUAUAAGGCUUAUCUGAAGCUACCUCCUUUUUUCUCCAUUGUAGAAGAGAGCUUUGUGAGGGAGAGAGACCGAGAGAGGAAACAAAAAUGGUGUCACUGAAACUUCAGAAGCGGCUCGCCGCCAGUGUCCUCAAGUGUGGGAGAGGAAAAGUAUGGCUUGACCCUAACGAAGGCAAUGAAAUCUCCAUGGCUAACUCAAGGCAAAACAUCAGAAAGUUGGUGAAGGAUGGUUUCAUCAUCAGGAAACCAACCAAAAUUCACUCACGAUCUCGUGCACGCAGGAUGAAGGAAGCCAAAAGGAAGGGCCGUCACUCUGGAUAUGGUAAGCGUAAGGGUACCAGGGAGGCUAGGUUGCCCACAAAGGUGCUGUGGAUGAGGAGACUUAGAGUCCUCAGGCGUUUGCUUCGCAAGUACAGGGAGUCCAAGAAGAUUGACAAGCACAUGUACCAUGACAUGUACAUGAAGGUGAAGGGUAAUGUUUUCAAGAACAAGCGUGUGCUCAUGGAGAACAUUCACAAAACCAAGGCUGAGAAGGCUAGAGAGAAGACCUUGUCUGACCAAUUUGAGGCCAGGAGGGCAAAGAACAAGGCAAGCAGGGAAAGAAAGUUCGCUAGGAGGGAGGAACGUUUGGCUCAGGGACCAGGAGAGAAGCCAGUACAACCUGCAGCCCCUGCCCCAGCAGCAGCACCAGCAGCAGCACCCCCAGUCAAGACUGCCCAGGGAGGAUCUAAGAAGUCAAAGAAGUGAGGAUGUCGAACUUUAAGGAGGGUUGGCUCUAUAUCUGUUUUUUGUUAUUAUGCCAGUUUAGUAUCUUUUAUAUGUUCCCUAUUUGGUUCAUGUACUUUAAGAAUCAAUGUUUCACCUACAUGAAGUUGAAUAGAUGUUUGGAAGUUUUGAUACCUUA